UCGGCGGGCGGAGGGACGCCGGUGCCCGCCCCCGUGGCGGCGGGGUGGCCGCAGAGCUGCGGCCGCGGCCCCGCACGGCCCGACCGUGCCAUGGCGGUGCUGGGGCAGGGCGCGGCGGCGGGGAAGCCGGCGCUGCUGGUCAAAGUGGUGAUGGCCGGGGAGUCCUGCGUGGGGAAGACCUCCAUCGUGCGGAGGUACACGGAGCCCGGCGCGGCUGCCUCCUCCUCCUCCUACCUGGCCACGAUCGGCAUUGAUUUUAAAGUAAAGCUUAUAACGCUUAAUGAUACAAGAGUGAAACUUCAAAUAUGGGAUACUGCUGGCCAGGAACGUUUCCAUACGCUUAGUACUAGCUAUUUUCGUGGAGCACAAGGCUUUGUGCUUGUAUAUGACAUCACAAAUAUGGACAGUUUUCAAGGCAUAACAAGCUGGAUGAAAGACAUCCAUGAGAAAGCAGGUGAUGAAGUGGACGUAGUACUGUUGGGCAACAAGUGCGAUAAGGAGUCUGAACGUGUAGUUCCAAAACGUAAAGGAGAAAAGCUUGCUUGGGAACAUGGGAUACCCUUUUUUGAAACCAGUGCCAAAGAUAACGUGAACAUUGAGGAUGCAUUUUCAGUCUUGACUAAGGAGAUACUGGAAAAGGUUUCCUCAGAAUAUGCAUACUGUGAAGAGGCCACAUGCUGAUGGAAAGAGCAGACCUUUUAUGUUCAGCAAUCAAAUAUUUUAUCCAAAGAUGAUAGUUGUUUGUUUGGAUGAUUUACACUACUGCUUGUGAAGAUCUCAGAACUUAAAGAUUUGAGUUAAUUAGUGAUAGAAUCAAUAUUGUAGCUGUCAGAGUUGGCAUCUCUAACCACUUAGAUUGUGUUGGCGUAAAGGUCCUUGCUACUCAGAGUUGCCAUACAAAACUCUUUUGUAGGACUGAAUUAUUGUUAAUUAGCUAUGAAAAUGUUUUGCAUUGCAAUUUAUUUUUAGACAGUAGAAUAUUAUUUUAGACAUUAAUGGAUGUUCUUCAUGCAAUGCAUUAUCAUUGCCAUUCAUCACCAAUAUUAGUUAUACAAAACUAGCCUUCCAUUCCGAAUACUCUUGAAGUCAUAAUAAAGAUAAAUGAGCAAAAUUACUGACAAAGUCACAAGUUGCAGUGUUUUGAUUAAAUAGCCAUAGAGGAUGGUCAGAAUAAUAGCUCAGGGCUGGACUGCUUCUAAAUCAAGGUCCUGUCCUAGUAUACAAUAACACAAGCCGUAGUUUUAUUUGUUGUUGUAGAUUUUUUUUUAAAUAUAUGAUUUUGACUCCCUUAGCAUGAAAAUGAAACUCAACUCCCAAAUAUCAUUUAGAAGAGGAGGAUAGCAGGUCUUUGAAUAGCUGAGAAAAAGUCUCAAAUAAGAUAACUUUGAAUUUCUUGUAAAUGAAAAAGACACUUUCAACUAUAAAUAAACAGUAUAUUUGAUAGUAUGCAGCAUGAAAGCUACAAAGCAAUAGCUAUGAUCAUAACUGCUGCAAAGACAAAUAUCUGCAAAGCUAACAUUUCUGCAUAGUGCAUUUGGGUAUGAUGUGAGAGAAUUCUCUGCAGCAUUCAGAAAUGGUGUUUGGGUAUUUCUCACUCCAAGAUUGCCUGUAUUUAUUUUACUUAAGGUGUAAUUUUAGUAUUCCUACUAAUCUUCAUGAAAAUCCAUGGUUAUUAUAGUGUGGAUAUGCAAACAAAUUCAGACCAUUGUACUCCAGCAUGGCUUGAAUUAGAACUGCUUGAGAAUACGAUUAUACAGUCUGUGUGCAUGUACAUGUGUUUGGAAAAUAAGUCCAUGAGAAUUUGUCAAGUUUGUCUGUAGUAACAUUUCGCCCUGUCUAGAAAUGUUUGCAAGAGUUUGUCUAUAGUAACAUUUCACUCCAUCUAGAAAUGUUUUCAAUCCCUGUUGGGGCUUUACAUGCCAUUACUUUGGUGUAUAAUUUGUUAUUUGUAGUGAAAGACAUUUGUUGAUUUAAACAAGGACUCCUUCAGCCCAAUUGGUUUUGCCACUGGCCUGAUAAGAAAGAAUUCACAGGAAAAAAAAUAAAUAAAUCUACCAUACAGUCUCAUCAUGGUUUUCAGGUUCAACAAAAUAAUUUGCUUGUUCACAAAACUGUGAAAUCUGAAUGUACUACUUGAAUUUUAACUUCCUCUAACUGAUGAAAUUUUGGAGAAGGAAAAAUGUGCUAGGAAGUGUGACUAGUAGGUGUGAAAAAUGACAUGAUAGCUGCCAGUCUGAGAUCACUUCAGUCAUACAUCCAUUCUGCAAUGGUAAAAUACGUACUUGCUGAUUUGAAGAAGGAGAUACAUCAUUACACAGUGUUUUGGCCCAGGACAUAUAUCUGAGGUAGCAGGAUAUUGGGCCUUGCUUACUUCUGUGGUAGGACCAUCUAUGCCAGACUGAUGAGAUGCUUCAGUGGAAGCAUGUCAUUGCUUUACCAGUCCCAUAUAGAAAACUUGUUUGAAGGAGCUCUCUUAAAAAGUCUAGUAUGGCCAUGCCUUUUGGAAGUGGGCUUAGGUCAUUCAGAAGUAAGAGAGGCAGGCAGACAGACAGUAGACCAUUUUCAGAUGCAUUGCAGUAGGCUACAUUAAUCUUGGGAAAUCUAGGAUUUUCUGUAUACACUCUUGUUCACCAUCUACAAUACAGGCGUUUCUCUGUUAACUAGUUCUAUAGCAAAUACACAUGUAGAUGGGGAAGAUCAAUGUCUGGAAAUGUAGAGGUCAUAUAGAAGUAAUGAGCUUCUCGAUUCUCUUGAAAUUUAGAACAAGUUGCAGUUCGAAGUAGGAUUCCCAAUUAAAUGUAUAUAUAUAUAUACACAUUAAAAUGUGUCAGACC